AUGGCCAUAAUACCACCAUUUACGCGUAAUGUACAAGACGUCCAUAUGUAUGGAUUCAAAGGACUGUGCCAAAGUUCUUCCUCGCGCGCCCUCCAGCUUCUUCAACAGCUGCGAAUAGUACGCAAUUACAUGAUGCCCCACAAUUUAUCACGACUUUCCACAGACAAAUAG